UGACAUCUGGAGAGCACAAAAUCUGACAACAUCUUUUUUUUAACGAUUAACGCUCUUUGCCUUAUAAAUUUGCCAGAAGUUCACCAAGAACAUGCGAUUAACCACAGCUGGUGGGUUAGUCUUGAAAAAUAAAUGCAAAAAAAUCUUAAAAAACAAGAUGAGCGUUAUUUGAAAACAGAUGUAUUCGAUCUCAUAAAACAAGGAAAAAACUACAAUGUAAAUAAAAAUAUACGAAUUAAUUUCAGUCACCUUUCAGUAUUGUUAUAUGACAUGAGGACUUUUAAUUUGUUUACUUGUCUAUGUUUUGCUUUUAUAGGAGAGAUCUUUCUUAUAGCAUAUAGUCAUCUAGUCCAGAUGUCGUGUGAUUGUGAUCUGCAAAACGCUGAGAAAGGCACCCGUGAAACAGGAAAGAGUUCGUCAAACACGACUUCAGAACCAUUAAAUAGUGAUAUGCAACAUAAACAAAAAGUAAAUUUUACUUCCGCUAAGUUUUUUGAGCCAUUGAUAGACAAGGAUUUUCCAGUAGCUGCAACUAAUAUACCUCGCAUUCCUCAUAUAAUUCAUCAAACUUACAAAAACAAUAUCAUUCCGCGUCAGCUUGUAGGCUUUGUUAAAACUUUUGCAAAAUUGAAUCCAGAUUGGACAUAUUAUUUUUGGACGGACAUCUCUUCAAGGAAAUUUGUCGCUGAAAGGUUUCCGACAUUACUACAAAUGUGGGAUAAUUACAGAAGUCCUAUAAAUAGAGCAGAUGCUAUACGGUAUCUUAUCUUAUAUGAAUUUGGAGGAUUUUAUGCUGACUUAGAUGUUCAAUGUAUGCGACCACUCGACAAUGUUACUUUCAAAUACGCGUGUAUAAUUCCGCCAGAACCUUUUGAACAAAGUGUGUUUCGAAUUAAAAUACCAUAUUUGCUAAAUAACGCUAUAAUGAUGUGUCGCCCAAAGCACCCUUUCUUUCAACAGAUUAUUAAUUCAUUGCAUCAAUAUGUUCCAAUGCUAGAACAACUAGAUGUAGCAGGCCCCACGUUUGUCAAAACUCAACUUUUUAACGAAUUAAUAAAAAAUUCGCCGAGUCUGUCUAUUUGA